AUGGCGCUCAAAUCCGGUGUAUCCGCUUGCCUCAUCCUUGCAUUGUGCGUGAGCUGCGAGAACCUCGGCAAGGAGACUGAGAAAAGCCGAGCGCCUUUCCUCCCCAGGAGACUGAGAAAAGCGGAGCGCCGGCCUCGGUCGGAGAACCUCGGCAAGGAGACUGAGAAGAGCGGAGUGCCCUUCUGGCCUCGGUCCGAGAACCUCGGCAAGGAGACUGAGAAGAGCGGAGUGCCCUUCUGGCCUCGGUCGGAGAACCUCGGCAAGGAGACUGAGAAGAGCGGAGUGCCCUUCUGUCCUCGGUCCGAGAACCUCGGCAAGGAGACUGAGAAGAGUGGAGUGCCCUUCCUCCCUCGGUCGGAGAACCUCGAGGAGACUGAGAAGAGCGGAGUGCCCUUCUGGCCUCGGUCCGAGAACCUCGGCAAGGAGACUGAGAAGAGCGGAGUGCCCUUCUGGCCUCGGUCGGAGAACCUCGGCAAGGAGACUGAGAAGAGCGGAGGAUCUGUUCUCGUCCAUAACCUCGUCAGGAGAACUGAAGAAGACGGAGUGGCCCUUCUGCCUCGCCCGGACCUCGGCAAGGAGACUGAAGAGCGGGUGCCCGUCGGCCUCGGUCUGCGAACCUCGGCAAGGAGAAGGACUGAGAAGAGCGGAGUGCCCUUCUGGCCUCGGUCGGAGAACCUCGGCAAGGAGACUGAGAAGAGCGGAGUGCCCUUCUGGCCUCGGUCCGAGAACCUCGGCAAGGAGACUGAGAAGAGCGGAGUGCCCGUCUGGCCUCGGUCGGAGAACCUCGGCAAGGAGACUGAGAAAAGCGGAGUGCCCUUCUGGCCUCGGUCCGAGAACCUCGGCAAGGAGACUGAGAAAAGCGGAGCGCCCUACUGGCCUCGGUCGGAGAACCUCGGCAAGGAGACUGAGAAGAGCGGAGUGCCCUUCUGGCCUCGGUCCGAGAACCUCGGCAAGGAGACUGAGAAGAGCGGAGUGCCCGUCUGGCCUCGGUCGGAGAACCUCGGCAAGGAGACUGAGAAAAGCGGAGUGCCCUUCUGGCCUCGGUCCGAGAACCUCGGCAAGGAGACUGAGAAAAGCGGAGCGCCCUUCUGGCCUCGGUCGGAGAACCUCGGCAAGGAGACUGAGAAGAGCGGAGUGCCCUUCUGGCCUCGGUCCGAGAACCUCGGCAAGGAGACUGAGAAGAGCGGAGUGCCUUUCCUCCCUCGGUCCGAGAACCUUGGCAAGGAGACUGAGAAGAGUGGAGGAUUCUGGUUCCCUCGGUCCGAGAACCUCGGCAAGGAGACUGAGAAAAGCGGAGCGCCCUACUGGCCUCGGUCGGAGAACCUCGGCAAGGAGACUGAGAAGAGUGGAGGAUUCUGGUUCCCUCGGUCCGAGAACCUCGGCAAGGAGACUGAGAAAAGCGGAGCGCCUUUCCUCCCUCGGUCCGAGAACCUUGGCAAGGAGACUGAGAAGAGUGAAGGAUUCUGGUUCCCAUGAGAUGGCAUGAUGAUCAUUCACGGGCUUGCUUCGCCAACAGGGCGACUUGCAAAACAGUGCUUGCUUCGCCACCAGGGCGACUUGC